AUGGCUAGGGAUAGGUUUGCAUCUAACACGUGUGAGAAUUUGAAAUUAAAACUUAUCGGCAAAAGAGAGUCUGAUGGAAGAACUUACAAUUUGCCAACAACAUCAGAAGUAGCUGCACUUAUCGUAGGAGAUAUUGAUAGUGCCGAAGAAGGGUGGAAAGCUACAGCAAAUUUCGAACUUCAUCCUUCUUACCUCGCUAUGCAAUAUCCACUAUUAUUUCCAUACGGAGAAGAUGGAUUUAGAACAUAUUUAUGCAUAGAGAUAAGACUCAAUCAGACGGUUCAACAGGAAAGAGGUUUAAACUCAAAGCGUGAGUUUUUUGCAUACAGAAUACAAGACCGAGCUCUGGAGGCGGCAAUAAUACUAUUAUCUCGGAGGUUGUUACAACAAUUCUCAGUAGAUGCUUACACAAUGAUUGAAGCUGAAAGGUUGUCUUUUCUUAGACACAACCAACAGAGCUUGAGAGCCGCGAAUGUCAAGAAUUUAAGAGGUGCUGUCGAAAGAGGUGAAACAGAGGGAUCUUCAACUGGAAGUCGUAUAGUAUUACCAGCUUCCUUCAGAGGAGGACAUAGUUAUAUGAGAGAAAACUAUCAAGAUGCGAUGGCUAUUUGUAGAUGGUAUGGUUAUCCAGAUUUAUUCAUAACAUUUACGUUGGUUUAUACAGUUCAAUUCCAAAAGCGUGAUUUGCCGCACGCUCAUAUUUUGUUGUUCAUGCAUCAAGGAGACAAAUACCCUGUUGCUUCAGAUAUUGAUAAGAUUAUUUGUGCUGAGUUGCCCGAUAAAUGUGAAGAUCCAGAACUAUAUCAAGCAGUAAGCGAGUACAUGAUGCACGGUCCAUGUGGGUCAGCAAAUACAAAUGCUCCGUGUAUGAUUGACAAGCAAUGCAGUAAGCAUUUUCCCAAGAGGUUCAAUGAUGCAACUAGGGUAGAUGAUGAAGGAUAUCCAGUAUACAGACGAAGAGAUAAUGGAUCUAUAGUUGAGAAGAGUGGGGUUCACCUUGAUAAUCGGUAUGUUGUUCCGUAUAAUGCUAAAUUGCUUCGUAAAUAUCAAGGACACAUAAACGCACAGAGAGAGUGGACACCAAGAGCUAAAGGUUUCACAAUAAGACGAAUCUACCAUGUCUCACCAGGAUCUGGAGAGAAGUUCUAUCUUAGAACUUUAUUGAAUUGUGUAAAAGGCGCGACAUGCUACGAAGACAUUAGAACGGCUGAUGGUUUAGUGUAUCCUACAUUCAAGGAAGCUUGCUACGCAAGGGGUUUACUUGAUGAUGACAAGGAAUAUGUCGAUGCAAUAACAGAAGCAAGUUUUAGACAAUCAGGGUAUUAUCUAAGACAUUUGUUCUCUAUGUUACUAUUAUCUGGUAGCAUGUCGAAGCCGGAGGAAGUUUGGCAUAAGACAUGGCAGUUAUUAUCUGAUGACAUACUUUACAAGCAAUAUUGUCUUCAAAAAAAUAAAGGUAAAUAA